ACAAAAAGUUCUUUUCUUGCUGGAACUUGCUGCUCGUGAGCACAACUGGAAUCUCGUCGGAAGCCAUUCCUUUGUCCAAAAAUGGCACCCCCAUUGAUGUCUAUUCUUCUCAUACUGCUUUACGUUGGAAUAGCGGCAAGGUCAGAGGCGGCUGUGUUGCAGGAACGCUCCGACAGAAACGACCAGGCCUCUCGGCAAGAGCACGGAACCUCAGAUCAGCAUGAAGUAAUGGCAGGUGAGAACGUCGUUGAGCAGGGGACGGCACAACGAGCAGCAGGAGCGGCGGCAGCAGCUGCAGCAGCACCACGGGUCGGAGCUAUUCGCUGGGACGACUGGGCUGGACCUGGACUUGACGUAACACAGGAUGCACCGUUAAAAUGCCUGUCACAGCCACAAUAUCAUUACAGACUACCGUUCUUUGCUAAAGUCAUCAACAACACAUCAGUGACGUGGUCUGAGACAACGCAGGCAGUAAUGGAUCAAGAAAUCAACUAUGCAGCUAAUGGUGGACUGAAGUACUGGGCCUUCUGCACGUACCCGCUGAAGCGCUGCGACCAAGACGCUCCGAGCAAUGUCACCAGCUGCCCGCUAAGCUGGGCGCUGGAGAAGUACUUGAACUCGUCGCUAGCACACAAGAUUAACUUCUCACUCAUCCUGCAGGCUCACUGGAAUUCCUGGCCGAACGUAUCCGAUUGGGAUGAAAAGGUGGAGCGGUAUAGUGACUAUUUUGCAAUGGCUAAUUAUGAGAAGGCCCUCAAUGGUCAGCCCCUUGUCUUCUUGUUCGGGGUAUCGGAGGGUUCUCUAGCGCCGUUCGGUGGCUCCAAAGGUUUCAAGCCCUACUUGGACAAGCUCACGCAAGCCAGCCGAAACAAGACAGGACAGCCUCCCUACUAUUGCCUGUUGAGCAGCAAUGUGAAUAUUGCCGAUACGCUUGACAUAGACUGCUUCUCAGCGUACGCUAUGUCUGGUGGUAGUGCGGAGGGCUCGCCAUACGCUAAGCAGAUGCUACAUUCACAGACGAUGUGGAAUGAUUGGCGGGGCACAGGCAAGCAUGUCAUACCACAGGCGCCAACCGGCUGGGAUCCUCGGCCAAGAUUCAACUUCACGCCACCCUGGUCGCAUGGACAGGGUCUCAACCAUUAUGUCACCGCUAGGCCAAGUGAAGUUGCCACUAUGCUGCAGAUGGCCUUCAAAUGGAUUGACACAUACCCAGACUCCAGUCCGUCACGCCACGUUCUGAUGUACGCUUGGAAUGAAGGCACCGAGGGUGGAUGGCUCUGGCCAACGCUAGACGAGGGCACUGCUCGACUGGACGCAAUCAGUCACGUGAUCAGUAGCUAUGGCAACUGAUGCCUCUGACCAACACUGGAAGAGAAUACGGCACCACUGGAUCUCAUGGAUUAUUUCAUCCGUGGCUACAUAUAAUACCGAGAGAGCUUGGAAGCUCCAGGCCCUACGCUAUGCUUUUUUGCCUUGAUGACCUAGGCAAAAAAUAGCAUAGGGAUGUUAAACAUUUUUCAUUUCUCCAAUUUUUUCAAGACAACCUGGGAUUCGAACCCGCACAGUCGCCCUACAUGCAUUACCCGAUACACUUCGCAUUCAUACUCAUUCUUCCAAGUUGCUUCACGUUAUGAUCCUGCAUUUGAAAGCCCUAUUUGAAUAUUGUGGCCAGCUGUUUGUGGCCAGCUGA